AUGCGCGUUAAAACAAAAUUUUUCUUUCCCACAUUUGAUGGAUAUCUACAGAAUACAGCCACCAAUCAGUGUAAUUGAAUGAAUUUUCCCGCAACAGUUGUUUAUGAAAUUACGGGUGACACCUCAAAAGCGGGGCUGGUUAAAUUCAAAUUAAAACAAAUGCUACGCACAACGCGCCAACAGAAUAAAGUGAAAUUUUUUGCGGAAAUCAAAAUCCUAUUCGCGUAUGCAAUUUUUUACGAACGGGAGUGUGGAAUUUACGAGCCAUCAAAAAUUAAUGAUAAACACUUUGGCGCUAUUAAAGUUUGGUGAAAGUAAGGAGUAGUAAUAUGAGAUAAAGAAAAAUCAAAGGCAAUUUGUGCGCGCCAACAGUGAGCUCUAGUUUUUUAUGUGUGUGUGAGACUUGUGAUCCUUUUGGAUUUUGCGCUGUCUUCCUGCAAAAAAUGAAUUUUGUUAGUCGUCAUGAUCAUCUCGCUGGCGGCUAUCGACGCGUCAACACAGCAACUUAUGGGUUUCCACUUUUUCAUAAUGCGGAAGAAUCGAAGGGUUUCGUUAAGGAGAGUCUCUCCUGGAAAUGGCAUAAGGGUUCCCGUGUUAGUACAAUUAAUGAUUGGCUACAAAUCAAAAUUGGCGGCGAUGAAGAGGUGAAAAAGAAAAAGGGACGACAACAGUUGAAUCGAAUUAAAUCGACAAAAUACACAAUAAUAACAUUCCUGCCACAAAAUUUGCUUGAACAAUUUCGACGUAUAGCAAAUUUUUAUUUUCUAAUUAUGACUGUCAUAUCGCUGUUAAUUGACAGUCCGGUCUCCCCGUUGACAUCCUUGCUGCCGCUGGUCUUUGUAAUCGCCGUGACAGCCGCUAAACAGGGCUAUGAAGACUUCUUACGCUACAGAACCGACAAUGUCGUCAAUCGUUCACCAGUAACUGUCAUACGCAAUGGUGUUGAGACAAACAUACAAUCGCAGUACGUUUGCCCGGGCGAUUUAGUAGUGGUGGAGCGCGAUUGUGAUGUGCCCUGUGAUUUGGUGUUAUUACGGAGUACCGAUCCACAUGGCAAAUGUUUCAUCACCACAGCCAAUUUGGAUGGAGAAUCCAAUUUGAAGACACUGAUGGUGCCGCGCGAUCUACCAUUAGUCGAGAUAAACCAGUUGCACAAGUUAGGCACCAUCGAGUGCGAGAGUCCGAAGACUGAUCUAUAUAGUUUCAAUGGUAAGCUGGAGUUGGCCGGUGGCGAGGGACGUGUGCUGCCACUCUCAGCUGAUAAUGUGUUGUUGCGCGGUUCGCGCGUCAAGAAUACCGAAUGUGUGAUUGGGUGUGCCGUUUACACCGGCAUGACCACCAAGCUUCAGCUGAACAGCCGGCUGACGCGUAAUAAAACUGCCUCUAGUGAGAUAUAUGUGAAUCGUUUUUUGAUUGUGGUGCUGGUCAUGAUGAUUUGCAUUGUGACAAUGAUGUACUUAUUCAAGCGUUACGAGGAGAUUUUUAUUAUACCAUCGUAUACAUAUUUGGGUGCAGCGGCCGAUGGUUAUAGUGUGAAACAGUUUCUGCAGGAUUACCUUUCUUUUUUGAUACUCUUUAAUUACCUGAUACCAAUAUCGUUAUAUGUGACUAUUGAGUUGCAGCGUGGUAUUGGCGGUUUCUUCAUGGAGUGGGAUAUACAGUUAUAUGAUGAAGCGACCGACGAAAAUUUCAUAGUAAACACAUCCAAUUUGAAUGAGGAACUGGGUCAGAUUAACAUUUUGUUUUCGGAUAAAACUGGCACACUAACGAAGAACGAAAUGAUUUUCCAACAGUGUUCAAUAAAUGGGCGAAAGUAUAUGUUUAAGAAGACGCGCUUACUGGAGGAAGGAACUGGUGCACUGAUCGAUAUCAACAAAUUCAAUAAAGAUCACAAGAACUUUUUCGAAGCAUUGGCCAUAUGUCACACGGUUCAAGUAGCGGGCGAUGCAAGUGCCAAUGGUGCAAAAGAAGCUGAAACGCCUGACAAAGAGACUGAUGGCAAGAGUGCGCUCGCAAAAAUGUAUUCCAUUUCCGACAUCACCGAAGAGAGUAGCAAUUCUAGUCAACAAAGUAGUGUAAAUUUCGAUAACAAGCAAGUGCUGGAAACAUCUUUGUCCAAUAAUCCAAGUGGUCAAAUUCAUAACAGCAUCAAUUCCAACGGCAUUACCGGUCACACAAAUUCUACCAGCCCAAAUGGCUCGAUUGCUACAAAUAUGACAUCUGAUAUAAAUCCACUACUUGACGAAACCGAUAAAGUCGAGAAACGCAAACGUCCAUUAAUUGUUAAGCGCAGUCCAAAUUUUACGCGCGCUACAUCGAGAAUACAGCCAGUCAUGUCGUUACCACCACAACUGUCAAAUGGCGCUGGGUGCACGAUAGAAAUGGUAAGUCGUGCCACAGACCCCAAUUUACUGAUGGUAACAGAUUCACGGCCCUCGUCAUUACCUUUUACGCGUUCUACAUCGGCAAUAGAUUUGCCAGAAAUAGAGGUUUUUCCGAAUGCGGGCGGCCACAAACGGUCACAGUCCUAUGGUGCACCAGGCGCUUAUUUAACGCAACCAGUGCAACAAGGCGGAGUUGUUUUACGCACAGCCAGCAACAUAUCGCGUGAAUCCUACGCAGCGCCUAACUUUCAACGGCAGCCCACGCUUCUGAUACGCGCUGAAUCGCAGCGUCGUAAGAACGAGAUUGAACAGGUUGUGCACAUGCUCGAAUACCAAGCAUCGAGCCCAGAUGAAAAGGCACUCGUUGAGGCUUGCGCCAACUUGGGUCUAGUUUAUAUGGGCGAUGAUGAUGAAGUCUUGCGAAUUCGCAUUGUACCGCCGCACAUGGACUAUUCACGUCCGUUUUCCGUUGGCAAAGUGAACGAAAUGCAUUUUAGUCGCUUACAUGUGUUGGAAUUCACUUCGGAUCGCAAGCGUAUGAGUGUGAUUGUUAAGGAUGAGAGCGGUACAAAAUGGAUUUACACGAAAGGUGCGGAGAGUUAUGUAUUUCCGUUAUGUGCCAAUAAUCAAUCGAACAUUGUGUCACGUACUGAUGCGCAUAUAAGCGAUUUCGCAAGACAGGGUUUACGCACGUUGGCAGUAGCACGGCGGCGUGUUGGCGAUGAGGAGUACAAACAGUUCAUUGCUGGAGUGAAUGAGGCAAACAGUUCGUUGGAAAAUCGAAAAGAAUUGUUGGAGCAAACCUAUGCUAACAUCGAGCGCAAUCUCGAGCUACUUGGCUCCACCGCCGUCGAAGAUGCAUUGCAGGACGAUGUUGCCGAUACGCUGAUCUCUCUGCAAAAAGCAGACAUUAAAGUUUGGGUACUGACUGGCGAUAAGGUUGAGACGGCACUCAACAUCGCGCUCUCUUGUGGACACAUACCAGCCGACGCCAUUAAGUACUUUAUUAUCGAUUGCCGUUCGAAAGAAGAUAUGCUGCUACAUUUAAAUGCACUGGAUCGCGAGAUUAUCUUCGGCAUUGGUGCACCAUGUGCGCUACUAAUCGAUGGUACGAGUUUAAGCAUAGCGCUUAGUGAAACGCCAGAAGUAUUUCGCGAUGUAGCGAUCAAAUGUACGGCUGUGCUUUGUUGCCGAUUGAGUCCAUUGCAAAAAAGUGAAGUAGUUUCAUUAGUUAGGACCUCAAAGGCUGGUUACACAACUGCUGCAGUUGGUGAUGGUGCAAACGAUGUGUCAAUGAUUCAAGAGGCACAUGUGGGCCUUGGUAUAAUGGGGAAAGAGGGACGUCAGGCGGCGCGUUGUGCAGAUUUUGCUUUUGCCAAAUUUUGUAUGCUGAAGCGUUUGAUAUUGGUGCAUGGACAUUACCAUACAACGCGUUUGUCCUUUUUGGUGCUCUACUUCUUCUAUAAGAAUAUCUUUUUUAUGGGUAUUAUGUUCCUCUUUCAAUUCUAUUCACUGUUCUCUUCGGGAUCGGUGUAUGAUUCUCUGUUCCUGACGCUAUACAAUGUGAUCUACACCUCGUUGCCGAUUUUAUUUAUAUCUCUUACUGAGAAGGAAUACAGCGAAGAAACACUGAUGCAGCAACCGGAGCUUUAUAAAAAGAAUACGAACAACAAAGGUCUACACUGGAAGUACUUCCUUGGUUGGACCUUUUUUGCCGUCUAUCACACGCUGAUCGCUUUCUUCUUCGCCGAAUAUGUGUUUUCCAGAAACAAUGUUCUUUUGAAUGUGGGUCAACCGGCGGAGUUCUCUUGCUUUGGUACGCUGCUUAUUGAGAUCGUUGUUAUUGUGGUCAACUUGAAAUUGGUGUUAGAGUCCAAGUACCUGAGCUAUUGGUAUAUAGCAACGAUUGUGGGUUCCAUACUAUCGUUUGUGAUAACUACUGUAAUCUAUAACGUAAUCAAUCUGGACUACGACACCGACAUCUAUUGGGCCUACAAUAAGAUACUAUGUUCUAUUCCAAUGUGGCUUUUCACUAUAGUCACAGUGAUUGCGUGUCUACUGCCUGAUUAUGUGAUAAGAGCUACACCGAAAGCUUUUAAUUUGCCGAAACGUAGUUUUUACCCAAAUAAGGGUCGUUUAAUGAUGAAACGACAAGCCCAGUCGACACAUUUAUGAGUUGGGAACUUAAUGCUAACCGUAGCUAAUAUCGCUAAAUUGUGGAUUUAUAGUAUCAGUAGUGUAAUAUGCGAUU